AUGUCCAAGAGAAGCCCAAAAGAAUUACAAGGUGAUACUCAACGUGCUGUACAAAUCCUUCAAUUGUUCACAGAUCCAAGCAAAGGCCGAGAUGUGAAAAUGCUGAUUCCUCCAAGCAUCCUCCGGGAUGCGCAUGGUAUUGUUUUCAUUCGUCUCUACAGAAUUGGUUUCAUGCUGUCUGCAAAAAGCGGAACAGGCAUUAUUAUUGCAAGAUUGCCUGAUGGCAGUUGGUCUGCCCCAUCUGGUGUUUCCAUGUCCUCGGUGGGCUUUGGUCAUCAAGCUGGAGGAGAGAUGAUUGAUUCCAUCAUUGUGAUGAAUUACAGAGCAGCUGUGAAAGCAUUCUUUGAUGGUGGAGGACAACUACAAUUGGGUGUGGGUGCAUCAUUAGCUGCUGGCCCGUUUGGAAGAGCAGCUGAUGUGUCCGCCUCUGCUUCGAAUACAACUCAUGUUGCUGCUACUUACGCCUACAGUUCUUCCAAAGGUUUGUACCUUGGAUAUUCAUUUGAGGGUUCCAAAAUUUCCGAGAGAGUCAAUACAAAUCAGGCAUACUACGGCAGGCCCAUUACAGCUCGAGAAAUUCUGACAGGCGUUGUCCCACCAACUCAAGAUGCAGCGAAAUUAUACGACAUGCUGACUGCAAUGGGUGCGGGCCCUCGACCUGGAUUACCAUUUGCGCCCAAGAAUGCCAAAGGGCAACCACUGUCUCCUACUGCAACCUCAAUGUCCUCUCCUCAAUCCAGCUUCCAACGGCCAUUACCACCACUGCAACAGCAAGGACCUCCUCGUACAUCGAAUAACCAACGUCCCAACAAUAAAGAAGAUUACGAAGAUCCUCCACCCCCUUAUCAGGCCUAUGAUUCAUCAAAGCCUCUUCCUCCAUCAUCGUCAUCAAUGAACAAUGGCAGCUCAAGCACUCCUUGUACAUCUCCUCAACAAAAAAACGGUGCCGUUAUGCCACCUCCCAUUAAUGAUAGUAGACGGCCCGUCAUGAACAACGGACAAUCUACUUACAACAACAAGGCAGAAUCAAGUCAGUUUAGUAGACAAAACAUCAAUCAAGCGGCUGUCAACAUUCACAACACAGGCAAUGCCCAAGGUUUAGGGCCUGCAAGCAGCAGCAGUUACAGCAACACAGGCCCUUGGAGCCCUACCCACAACAGCAGUUUUGCCGCUGCGGGGCCCAGUAACGGUUUUGCCGGGCCUUCUUCCUCAUCAACACAACCACCACCUAUGAAUGCCAACGCCAAUACAAUGCCAUUGUCUGGACCACCGCAAUCUUCGACUGAUGUCAAGAAGCCAAUCAUGGAUGAGCCACGAACCAACAGCUUAACUGUCGUUGUAGCCAAGUAUGAUUACACAGGUGAUCAACCUGCUGAUUUAUCCUUCCACGCAGGCGACCAUAUUAUUGUGACAAAGAGAUUGGACGAUAGACAGAGCUGGUGGGAGGGAGAGAUUGGUGAUCGCCGGGGUUUCUUUCCAGCAAACUACACUGAUGAAUUGGAAGAAUAA